AAUGACCGAGCUAUGGUGUAUGCGAGGAGUAGUCGAGGCAAAAUGGGAGGCGGAAAGGAAGAGGCAACGAGGCUCAGGCAAGACGGAGGAUGCGAAGCGCGAUGCUAUCUCUUUUGUCGCGAUGCAUCCUCUUGUCGCCGGGCUGUCGGGGCCAAAACAGGAACAAGCAAAGUUUGCGGGGGGAGACUUUAUUAUUAACGACGAGCGGGCAACGGAGAGGGAGUAAGACAACAUUGACCACGCACACACGCACACAAACGCAGGCGCAGACACAUACGCUCUGCUACUUUCUCUCUCGCUCCCUUGCAGUAAUGGAUGGCGCAUUAUCUUUCCUUGAGGGGUAAAGGAUUGGAGGGCAAUAUAAAUGUAUUAUACCAGUCUCAUUUGUCAAGUCGUGAGGCAGUCAAAAAGGGUUAUUCCAAGGCCAUUGUCUGCUCAUUUAUAUCGUCUUCCCGGUUGUCCACUUAGUCCAACGC